AUGCUUAAAGUGUUGACCAAAAGCAUGAGUAAAGGGCUAUCGUUUGAAGUGGUGGCCGAUUGCGGCCAAACUCGCGCCCGACUCUCCAAACUGACCCUCAAAUCGCUGUCCGACGGGUCGUUGGGUCGGGACGUGACUAUAGAGACGCCGAUGUUUAUGCCGGUCGGCACUAACGCCACCAUCAAAGGCCUCCUCCCGGCUCAGGUCGAAGGCACCGGAUGUCAGCUAAUACUGGCCAACACUUACCACGUGGGCAGUCGUCCCGGUGUGGACACCGUUGACCGCGCGGGAGGUAUACAUGAGUUGAUGCGGUGGCCGAACGCACUGUUGACCGAUUCGGGCGGCUUUCAAAUGGUUUCCUUAAGCAAACUCUCGGAAGUGUCCGAAAACGGAGUGCUUUUCAAGAGUCCGUACGAUAAGGACAGCACCCAUACUGUGAGCGAUGAGAUGCUGUUGACGCCCGAAAUGGCCACUCAAAUGCAGCAUAAGAUCGGAUCCAAUAUAAUGAUGCAAUUGGAUGACGUCAUUAAGACCACACACCCGGACGAGCAGCGCAUGGAGACAGCGCUUCACCGCUCCAUCCGGUGGUACGACAGGUGUCGGGUCACACACUCGAAGGCUGUGGCCGACGACAAGACUGGACGUCACGCGCGACAGAAUCUGUUUCCCAUAAUACAGGGCGGACUGAACCCCGAGUUUCGACGACAAUCGGCGCGUGAGAUUGUGGCCAGAGAUCCGGUCGGUAUAGCUAUCGGUGGUCUGAGCGGCGGUGAAGCGAAAGACAAGUUCAUAGAGAUGGUGGCCGUCAGCACAGAGUCGUUGCCGGCGAAUAAGCCCCGGUAUCUGAUGGGUGUCGGUCUGGCCAUCGAUAUGUUGAUGUGUGUGGCCUUCGGUGUGGAUCUAUUCGACUGCGUAUACCCGACGCGAACGGCUCGGUUCGGGUGCGCACUCGUCGGUUACGGCAAAGAGGUUAGCCUUCGGAGCACUUCAAUGGCACUGGACUUCACGCCGCUGGACAGUGAGUGCGAUUGCAAUACGUGUGUGAAGUACACGCGCUCUUACGUCCACCAUCUGAUGCGCGACAAGAAUACCGUCGGCUGUCAUCUCCUGAGCGAACAUAACAUCCGAUUUCAGAUGCGAUUUAUGCAGAAGAUUAGAGACGCCAUCAGAGAUGGUGUGUUCGCUGAGUUCAUUGCCGACAAUCUUCGGUACCAUUUCGGCGAUAGAGAUAAUUACCCGCAAUGGAUAUCGCAAGCCAUCAGCCAAUUGAAGCUCGAUGUCUGA